GUUCCGAAUCUUUUGAAAAUCGUGGCGUGAUAAGCUUCGUUCGUUCAUCCCUUCAUCCCAACGUAUUCGUAUUAGUCUCCGAUCUGCAUCCCGUCCAAGGACGAGCAGUGGCCUAUCCGAUGUGUAUUUAACUACGCUAUGGCCUCGGUUCAUCUACGUUUACAUCUCAGGUUCAGAUCAUUAAGACAUCCCACAUCACUACUAUCAACAUGGUCAGCACAAGCACAACAACCCAGAAACCCCGAGUCAUCGUCUGUGGCGGUGGCCUGGUGGGCCUAUACACCGCACAUGCCCUGUCCCGAGCCAACAUAGAUUUCGUGGUUCUCGAGCAGCAGUCCGAGGUCACGGCUCCCAAGGGCGCCGGGCUUGUCCUGUUCCCACACGUGGCUCGGCUGCUAGACCAGCUAGGGCUGUACGAGCUGGCCCUGAAAGAGACCAUAACCAUUACGGACAAGCAAAUGUUGCGGCAGAAUGGGCGGGUCGUACUUCGACACCGCAUGGCCCAAUCGAUAGAAGCACAACACGGAUACCCAGCCCUGGGAUUUCCGAGAUGGAAGUUCAUUCGGCUGCUGUACGACCACCUCCCCGAGCGAGAGACUCGGAUCCGGACGAGCGCCCGAGUCUCCGACAUUGAGAUGAGCGACGACGGCGUGCGCGUGCACCUCGAGGACGGCAGCGUCGAGGAGGGGACGCUCGUGAUCGGCGCCGACGGCGUUUACAGCCGGGUGCGCGACGCCGUGAACCGGCACGCGCAGCCGGCGUCGGCGACGGAGAAGGCGAAGGAGAAGGACCCGUCGGACACGUCGCCGAUGGUGGCGAGCUUCUUCGGGAUCUACGGGAUCGCGCCGUACGUCAAGGGCGCGGAGCGGACGGUGUUCAACGAGACGCACGGGCCGGGAAUGGUCUCGCAGUUCUGCGCGGGCGAGGACGAGAUGAUCUUCGGGCUGUACGCGGCGCUGCCGAAGCCGACGACGCUGCGCCACAAGUACACGGAGGAGGAGCUCGAGGCGACGGCGAGGCGCUGGUUCGACGUCCAGGUCUUUCCCGGCAUCAAGUUCAAGGAGAUCUGGGAGAAGUGCGACCGCAGCUCCGUGCACCUCGCCAACGCGGAGGAGGGGUUCAUCGACAAGUGGUACCACGGGCGCAUCGUGAUGCUGGGCGACUCCGUGUGCAAGAUGACGCCGAUCUUCGGGAUGGCGGCCAACAAGGGCAUCGAGUGCGGCGCCACCCUCGUCAACGAGCUGUACGACCUCUUCAACAGCGGCGCCGAGAUCACGACGGCGUCCAUCGAGAAGGCGUUCCAGCGCUUCCAGGACAGCCAGAUAGAGGAUGCGCGGAAGAUCGAGAAGCGCGGGAGGGUCAUCACGCGGCUGUUCAGCUGGCACGGCUGGUCGUACUGGUUGCUGGAUCACCUGGUCGUCCCGUGGCUGAACAUGGAGAAGAUCACGAUAAACGAGCUCACGGAACCGGUUUCCAAGGCGCAUAUCCUCGACUUCGUCCCGUUCAAGGGCAGGACCGGGAAGAUUCCUUGGGUGAGGCAACCAAAGGUGCAAGCUUGAAAGCAUACAUUAGGUACUUCCUGCUAGGUUACAAGACAUUGUAUGGUUUGGCAGUAGAAUGACGUUGGACAAUACCAU